AUGUCUACUGUGGACACACAGGUCCUCGUGAGCGUGGAAACGGAUGACGCAACCAUCGUCCCUGUUGUUAGCGAGCAGCAGAGCGCCAGCUUUCUGCAGUUAGCGAUGACGGCACUCAGACUUAGUACGACCCCUAGCGGUGAUCGAAACAACAACCUACGGUACAGAAAACAAAUCACGCUGGACGAAGUGUCUUAUCACGACACGCCUAACGACUGCUGGAUUGUGCUGUUUGAUCGGGUGUACGACAUCACCAGUUUUCUGCAGUUGCACCCCGGUGGCCACGACGUACUGUUGGAAAAUGCCGGUCGGGAUGCAACGAUCCCUUUCAACGGUAGUGGACAUUCGAAGGCAGCAUUCGCCUCGUUGAAAAUGUACGAAAUUGGAGAGCUACCGCUGAAGGAAUGCAUUUACCGAUGCCCUGGUAAACUGACCGCAACCCAUCUUCCUGAUUGA